GAGGGGAGGGGAGGAGCUGUACCGCGUAGGCAACGUCAAGCUGACGUGGUGCGUGUGGGAACUUUGUCCCUUCCCCAGCCCUUCAGCAGCCAUUAGGAAGCUGCUGAGGUACUGGGGGAGGGACAAGAGGUGGGAACUAAAGUAAGCGGUGUUUACUUUCGUUUCCCAUCCCAGCACCAUGGGCCUCAGAAAAUGGCUUGGCAGGCUGCAUGGCAGCUCGCGGGUCCUAUGUUGGACAAGCCUGUUAUAGAGACUUGUAUCCCAAAAACAAGGAAUUGUCCCAAUAGAGUCCUUUCGAAUAAUGAAGGAUGGAGCUUCAGUAAAUUUGCUAAAUUUGUCUAAAUUUGUUGGGCUGCAAAAAUUAUAGGGAUUAGAGAAUCCAGCCCCUAACAAUCUAUGAAUUAGGAAGAUGAUGUUAAGUAGACCGUAUGAUGGUCCCUAAUGGAAAGGGAAACACAAAUGCCUGCUCAAUUUCCACCCAUAUGGAAGUGAGUUAUCAGUCCUAUCAGUCAUCCAGUACAUAGCCUGACUUACUCAUAAGGAAUUGUGAUUGUGACUUCCUCAGAAAUUCAGAAGAUGAAAGCCACACCUUUCAGUUGGUAGUUGUAUCUUUUUUUUUUUUUUUUAAAUGAAAGUUGAACUCUUUUAUCCUUUCCCUAUACAAAUGUGUUAAAAACAACCUAAUGUUCAACAAAAUAGGAUUGGGGAUUACAACAUGUAGGUUACAAAAUAAGUGAAUUGGGUAAGGCAGGGCAUGCAUUUUUUAAAUGUUAACACCUCCAUCUCCCAAGGAUAUUGCCAAAGUGCUCCACUUGUCCAAGUCCUGUAAUAUACUAUUGAGAAGCUUCUGGAAGUUUUGGCAGACAAUUGCAUUAACAUUUUUGGGUAUUUUAAUACCCCAGAAAUGUAAUGUGUUCUGAUUGCCACUGAAACAGUCAUUUGCUGAACACAUCCUUUGUGGCAUACUUAUUUAGAGUAACUCAUGAUUUAUUCUAAUUAAUUUUACAUCUAGAUAUCAUUGAUCAACAAUCUUAACAAUCUAAGAUGGCAAGAGCUGAUCUCUCGGGCUGUGAUGGAAAUAUUAGUGCAUCUGCAUGUAACAGGAUCUUAUGUUCGCUGCCUCCUGCCUAUCUCCUGAUGCCUUUGAUAUCAUGCUUAUUUCUUAUAGCUAUUGUCAGUGGUUCUAAUGUUGAAUCAAAUAGAAGGGGUAAUAAUGGGCAACCUUGUCAAGUUCCCAUUGCAGGGGAAAUAGAUUGGAUAGCAUAUUAUUGGUCACAGCUCUUGGAAGUGGGCUCUGUAUAUAGCAGGGGCAGGCAAAGUCCAGCCCGCGGGUUGGAUCAUAUUCAUGAUGGACUCCAUUUCCCAGCAGCCCCUGCCUGCGUCACUAUGGUCAGCCUCCACGGAGACCCCAGGAGCCAUAACGCCUUGGGGCCAGUCUCCACGGAGACUGGCCUGAGCAGCACUGGCAGGGUGCCCGCUGGGGCUGGGACCUUGCGGCAGUGGCAGCUGGGGUAAAGGUGCAAUCCACUGCGCCAGGGGCGUGCAGGCAGCAGGUUGCAGGUCUCCCCUGACUCUGGCCGCAGCUGUCACUGCUGCAAGAUCCCGGUCCCGGAGCAGCUCCCUGCCCAGUCACACACCCUGCCAGUGCUGCCGUCACUGGCCCUGAGCUGUCAUGGCCUGCUGCUCCUGGGGUCUCCAUCGAGACCAGCCAGAGUGAUGUGCUGGGGCAUGGAGUCCGGCCACCGGCCAGAUCCGCCAUUUUGACCACACCUGGUAUACAGCAACUGUAUUCACCUCAUGAAUUAUUUACUGAAACACAAAGACUUUCUCAGCAUCAAAUGCUAGAAGAGCCAUAGGGACUUUGUAAUUUUAUUCUGUUACUAUAACACAUUAGUAAUUUUCAGUCUUUAGAACUAAGGAAAUAUGGGGUGUUAUGGUCAUUUUUUUUCCAUAGGAAUUGUAACUUUAUCGCUUUUUAGAUUUAUAACUUUUGUUAUCUGUAAACUUCCUAGGUUUUUAACCAUGUUCCUUAUUUAUAAGCAUGUAUUUUCCUUCUCUGUAAUCUAACUGUUUUGAUUUUAUGUAACCAUGUUCAUUUUUCAGGAUUUGACAAGAUCUUAUUGGCUGUAACAGGAAUAACAAGAGUUAGAUGGAGUUCCAUAUAUACAAGUUACAAAGAUGUCGAGGUCCCGCACCAGACUUGAUCUGCCGCAUCCAGCGAGGACAGGGGGAGCUUUGGGUUGGUGACGAUAAGGAGCCUGGAGAAAGUGCGUGGUUUGAGGGCCUGUUUCCAGAUUGUUCUGACACAGAGGAUGCCUGGGACUUGUUGGCAGAGCAAAGCUCCACAUGCUUGUUUCCUGAGUCAAGCCAUUCACGGCAGCCAGCAGGUGCUGAGAUGCUGAGCAGAGCUGAGCAGCAGCCUCCUGAGGAUGGGCCUGCACACUUGGAGCUGGUUCCAGCCAGAAAUCAGCUCCCUGUGCAGUGGGGACAGAAAAUAGCUGAGCCCCGGAAGACUUUUGUGUGCAGGAAAGGAUUCAAGGGGCAGAGAAACCUGAGAAGCCAGGAGGGCAGCACUCACACAGGGGAGUCGAUCUAUAAAUGUGGUGAGAGUGUCAAGGACCAACAGGAGCUCAGGGUGUGCAGUGCAGUCCACAGAAGGGAAACAGCCUACUCCUGCCCUGAUUGUGGGAAGAGCUAUUGGUACAAAUACCGUCUCAUUGAGCACCAACGAAUGCACUCAGGGGAGCGCCCCCACCUCUGCCGGGAGUGUGGGAAGGGCUUCAUCCGCUCAGAUCAUCUCCGCGACCACCAGCGCCUACACACUGGAGACAAGCCGCAUCACUGCCCUGUGUGUGGGAAGGGCUAUGCUCGUCUUGACCAUCUCCAGGACCAUGUGCGCAUGCACACUGGGGAGAAGCCGCACUGCUGUGGCCAGUGCGGGAAGUGCUUCAUUCGCCCGGACAACCUCCGCACACAUCUGCGCGUGCACACGGGCGAGAAACCCUAUCGCUGCACCACGUGCGGGAAGAGCUUCGCCCGCCCUGACCACCUCCGAGACCACCGGCGCCUCCAUACAGGGGAGAAGCCAUAUGGCUGCCCUGUGUGUGCAAAGAGCUUUGCCCGCCCUGACCACCUGCGAGACCACCGGCGCCUGCACACUGGGGAGAAGCCAUAUCGCUGCAUGGCAUGUGGAAAGAGCUUUGUUCGCCUGUCCCAUCUCCAAGUCCACAUGCGUGUGCACACAGGGGAGAAGCCAUACCACUGUUUGGAGUGUGGGAAGAGCUUCCGGCAGAGCACGUCUCUUGCUGAACACCAGCGCACCCACACUGGGGAGAAGCCCUAUCACUGUGCAGACUGUGGGAAGAGCUUCAACCACUCCUCUCAUCUCCAGGUUCACCAGCGCCUCCACACUGGGGAGAAGCCAUACCACUGUGGGGAGUGUGGGAAGAACUUUAAAGACCUGUCCCACCUGCGUGUCCACCAGCGCAUCCACACCGGGGAGAAACCAUUUCACUGCACGCAGUGUGGGAAGAGCUUCCGGCAGAGCUCUGUUCUCACCAAGCACCAGCGCACCCACAGGCUAGAACCUCACAAAUGACACAGGACUGUUUUUGCCAGCUAUAGUCUCAUCUUCUUCCCCACAACCUGUGCCCUGAAGUAGAGGGAGGAAGAGGUUCCAGUAUCUGUCCUGAAAUGCUCCCACCUCAUUCACUAGACGUUGGGGAUAGGAGUGUUGGCCUAGGAGUCUCUUAAACAGGCUAUACUGGGGUUUACGAUCUGCAGUUGGGAGAGAGGGAUCAAGUGGGCUCAGGGCUACACUGCAGGGGCCCUAGUUUCUUCCAGGUAGGUAGCCCUUAUUGCAGCAUCCAGGGAUAUUUCUUCCAGCUUCACUGCUGCAGUUUCAAGGGAGGAGUAGAAAUCAAAAAAGACUAUGCACUUCUACUUGGCUGACGGAGCCAAUUGGCACAGGAAAUAAAUACCAAGGUAUCAAGCCCAAAAUCCCUGUGAAACCAGAUGACAUACCUUCAGUCAUCCAAUCCUAGCUGUAUGCAGUGAGGUGACCCUUGAAUAUUUUUUCUGCUUGCACUUUUUUACAUGACAAUUCUAGGCCCAUUCAUCCUUUCAGGUAACUCCUGGUCCUCUUGAGUUGUUAAUAACUGCUACAUUCCUGGACAGUUCUGAUCUUCAAACAGAGCUCAGUUUGGGGGACUUUAGGAGGUUAACCUUUUCCUACCAUCUUAAGAUGGCCUAGCCUCUGGCUGAGCCAACAGAGGCUACUGACUAACUGCCACCCUUAUGGCUUUCAGGGACACUUUAUUUCCCAGACCCACCUGGAGGCUGGAAAUGUCUCCUAGAUUAUUCCUGUAUCCCAUACCUGACCCCUGUCUCCUGCGCAUCCAGAAAGCCAGCCACACACAUGGGUUGUAGUCAAGGUGAGACCUGUGACAUCUUGGAUGGAGAGAGAGGGCUUUUGGGUCACAGCCUCUCUUGCUGUCUCCCUCUCAACCGCUAAGCUAUGACAGGCUCCAUUCCUGAGAAAUCGUUUUCUACUCAUAGUGGCAGGAGUGCCACCCUCAGGGCUGAUUUCCCUGGAUCCCCACUUCUGGGCACUUAUGCCUGUAAGCAGCCCCCAAUCAUUGUGCUCCUUCUCUGUCCUCACGGGAUCCUUCCACAGGGAAACAGCCCUAACUCCUCUCCUGAUGGCCUAUUAUCUGCUGUAACUAGUGCCCCCCACCUUGUCCAGUGUGAAAGUUAACCUUUCCUUCUCAGGGCCAAAUAGCAUACCAACAAGGCAGAGAAAAUAAGGCGCACACCAGGAUGAAAAGAUCAUGACAGAACUGCCAGUGCCUUUGAGGAGCAGGGGCUUUUACUAUAGUGCUAGACAGCUUAGAGAAUGGAGAUUUUCCAGCAGGAAGGUCCAGCCUGAGGUUAUAGUUCUGGAAUGGGAAAUAUUUUGAAGCUUUCCUUGCUUCUCUUCUCAACAAGCCCUACUCAAUGGAUCAGCUCCAGGCUGUGCUCCCCUACAUCUCCAAACCCACUCCAUCUAGGCCGUGGCAUAGCCCAGUCCAGCUCAGCUGGGGGCUGCCCAUGGUGUUCCUCUCAUGCAAUGACACCGCAAACAAAAUGGUGACUUUGUUCCACAUCCCUGUCAUUAAAAGGAGCAGGAGCUGGGGCCAAAAGUACCUGUGACUGAAGGGCCUCAAGGGAUAUGGGACACAGGGAGACCACAGGGGUCCUGAAGCCAAUGCUAAUUCUCUUAGGGAGACAGUGACAAAAGUUGAGAGCAAAACAGCAGCAUCUGCUAGGAAGCCUGAAACAGCCACUGUCAGUGGAGUCUAAUUGACUAAAGCUUGGUUUUAAACUUAAAAGCUGAGGUCAGGGUCAUAUUCUGAUCAUCUAGUGUCCUUAUUGAAUGAUGAACCUGCUGCAGUUGUAGCUGUGCUCAUAGUAGCACUGAACAAACUUUUCCCUUCUACCUAUGACCUGCUAAUAUGUGGUUAUGUCUUAGUCUAUUCACCCUCUUCUCAUGGAAAAAUUCUUGUCUGGAUACCAUGGGGUUAAAGUGCAUGGGAAUUUUUUUCAUUCAGUUAACUUGAUAACAGAGUGUAUGCUGGGGGGAGAGCUGGGAAAGCUGCAUUCAGGACAAGAUGAUGGAGGCAGGAAACUCUUCCCUGUGAGAAUUGAGAAGCUGUCUAGCAAAUACCCUUCUAGAAGCAGAUUGGCUCAAAUUGCUAAGUUCCACUGUCCCAGAACACAGAAAAUUCAGCUUAACACAUGAGGAGAGGAGAUGAAUUUGGCCUGUUAGUGGCUUGGGAAGCAAGUCUCAUGAAGAAAGUCUGGAAGAGCUAUGGUUAUUUAACUUGGAGAAGAGAAGACUGAGGAGGGAUUUGAUAACAGUUUUCAAAUACCUGAAGAGUGAUUAUAGAGAGGGUGGAGAUGGGCUUUUUUUUUUGUGUGGUCAUAGGCAAUGGAACUAGAGGCAAUGGCCUCAACCUGCAGCAGGGGAAUUUUAGGUUGAAGAUUGGGAGGAGCUUUCUGACUGAGGGGGGGUCAAGCAUUGGAACAGGCUGUCUAGAGAAGUGGACUCUCCAUCCUUGGGAGUUUUCAAGAGCAGUUUGGACAGAUGCUUGGCUGGGAUGGUUUGGUCAGGGAUGCUCCUGCCUUGAGAGAGGAUUGUAGUUCUUUCCAGCCCUGCUUUCCUAUGAUCCUGUAAUACUUACUGUUCAAAAGCAUGGAGGUGGCUGCAGGUUGUGUAAUUUUAACUUUUUGGUAUUUUUAGCAUGAUUCCUUUCCUGCCUUAUGGGAUUUUCGACAGCAUUUUUAGUUCUUAAUACAGGGAGUCUUGUUUCUUUCCCUUAUAACUUAAAUUGUGUGUUUGCAGCAUAGCACAAGCCCUUUCCAUGCCAGGUUACAUUUUACUCUCCUGUGUCACUGGUCAGGGAUGUCUGCAGCACAGCCUGCCCUGCCUGAUCACUUUUCUUAACAAGGGUUUUGAAGCAACUUGGAAAGUUUUGUGCCUUUUUUUUCCAAUUCACUUGUUCUGUCACUUCAGGGGAGCAGUCUUUAACCUGUCCCCAGUGACACCCAUCAGUGAUAACUGCAGUUUAAAUGCUCCAUGUUUCCAGUCACUUAAUUUAACAGUUGGUUUUGCUGUCCUACUGGUGCUGGGCAUCGACACUUACCAACCUGACACCCAGAGUAGCCCCCUCUGUCUGAUGCAUUAACUUCAUUGCAGGGUGAGGGGUACCAGCAGCACCCCUCUCUCUGACCCAUGUUGGCCUAAGGGCACUAUGGGAGACAGCACUUUCCCUCUCCCUGCUGUGGUUGGCUCUGGGCUACUGUGCAGUUAUCCCACUGGUGAAUUGAGCCUUCUUGCAUGGGUAGGGGCAGUGGUCUCUCCCAGCCAUUGGCUAGGUCAGAGCAGGGCAGGGCUAGGGGUCUGGACCUUCUGAGCUAGGAUUGGGGAGCACGGAGGUCGUGGCUGUGUCUGCUGGGGUUCAGGUGUGGGGCUCUUGUGGCACCCCAAUGGCUCCUUGCCUUCCCUCCCCUUCUGUUUUCCAGCAUUGCCCCCCACCCUCUCCAUCUAUCUUCUUCUCUCUGAUUCUUAACAGAAUCUCUUCCCAGAACACCCACAUUCCUAGUCAAGCCUCUGAAGCGUAUGGCUCACAUCUCAGUUAACUCUGUUGUAUAAAGGCAGAAUGUUGUCCUGUCAUUGUGCAUGUGGCUUCAUUUGGGCUUAUAGCUCUGCUGCAACACUUUGAACCCCUCUGACGAGGACGUGUACCUUGCCAGUACUCUGACAAACUUUAAGGAAUAUUCAAGUCCUUAAGGUGAGUUGUCUGUUUUCUGUAUAUCCCCAGUGUCUUGCUGUUUUUAAUUCACUUCAUCCCAUUGUACACAGGUUUGGGAAAUGUAUAUACCCCAUUUCCAUGUCUUGCCCCCAUUGUUGGAUAACUUCUCCUUUGACAUGGUUCUCCAUUUCCUUUUAGUGUGUGUGGGGGAGGGGUUGCUACCUCCCAAGUCAGAUUACUGACCCAGAAGAAGCAUCACCUGUGAUGUACCAUGAAAAGAGGCAGAGAGGUACGAACAACCUCCCAUCAGACAGCAGCUGGCACCCAGGGAAGCCACUGGGAUUAUCUGGACAACAGGUGUUUGGUAGGUUGGCUGUUGAUGAGAUGCAAGAAAGGGGUCUACAACCUAACCUUUUAUUGUUUGCAUACAAAGCACAAGAAUAAACAUUGACCCAGUUAUCUGCUUGUCUACUUUUGACAACACAAUACAGAUUAUUGCUUAUACUGGCUGAGAUGGCUCAAGAGCAUGAGGAUGGUGGCGCACACACUGGCAACAGAUCAACCUGAAUUGUCUCGAAUUCUCUGGUUAUCCCUCUAGUCUAUAUCCCAGUUUUAUACAUAGCUAAUUCUAAAGCAUUCUUUGAUUGCAUUUUCUUUAUUUCACGAAGGCUUGAGGAAGUGGAUUUAACCAUUUUUUCUAUAGAUUUGGAAAGUGUCAAUUAGAUGGGAUUUGUCUCUGUGAAAAGUAAACUUUUUUGAAGGAAGGAUUUAUCUCCAUCCUUUGUCAUCUUGAACUAGUGCUUGCCACAAUCUUUUUUUAUUCACCCCAUUUUAUAGUCUACUUACUGCCAAGAUGGUUUUGUUUUUAUAACUUACCUUAAAAACAAGCAACAAUCCUCUCCUUUGUUUCCCAAGGUAGAUCCAGUAAAAGCUUAUUGAGUUUCUUCUGGUGGUAUGCCAUGGGGUCCUACUAGGAGUUUGUAAGGCUGUGUUGGAAAAUUGUCUCAGCUUCCUGUAUGUACACUGUUUUGACUCUGACAACAUUGGUACCCACCUUAUCAGCCUGUUGUGUGAUAAUAUUAUCAUAUUAGUAUCAUGGGUUCUUUUGAAGGCUGAGUAUGGCUUUCUGUUCUGCAGGACUGAGGUUGUAAUGUACAUUUUAUGUUUUUGCAAAUCUCAGGGUGGGCAGGGAAGUAGAAGCAGUUCCUGUACAGGUCCAGAACGGGGCUGCAGCACUCAGAGUCCGUGACCUGGCCACUUUGUCCUGUAUCUGUGUCUGGUCUGUGUCAGGUUGGUCAUUGCGUGGCUCCUUGUCAUGGAAAUAUUUCCUUAGUCUUGGGCAGCAGUAAAAAGGCUCAAGUUCUCCAUGCAGCUUUACUGUAUCGUGUUGUGAAAUAGGGCAGAAAGACCACAGGAUAAUAGACACCUCUGCUGAGCUGACUAUGGUUGGAUAGGUUGAAGACAUUACUGUGGCCAGUCUCACUGAGACACCAGGCCUUGCAAUGGGCCCAGAUGCCUUCUGUGCCUCAACAUCAAUACGCCUACAUCAUCACUAGACCAAAUAAUAUCUGAGAUUCAUUCACUUGUAACUACCAACAUCAUAUGCAGCAUCACCUGCUUACAGGGCCCCUCUACUGUCUGUACCGGGCAGAUGGGAUGAUCCCUACACGACCGAAAGAAUGAACGCUGCUCUGACAUCAGAUUGAGAAAGACCUACAAGCCUGUGAAUAAAAACUGCAACUUUCCUGGACACUUCAACCACCUGGACAUGCCAUCAAUGACCUGAGGGUUGUUGUUCUCAGGCAGCAAAUGUUUAAAAGCUGAGUUGAACAGGAAAUUGUGGAACAAGAAAUCAUCCACAAGCUGGAUUGUGUUACAUAUGGUUUAAACAGACCAGGGAUUCUUAUCCCAUUACUUGUGACACCUGUGGUCUUACGAAUUGACUACUUCGUGUUUGUUUGCCUUCCCCAGCACUGCCCUGCUCCCCGCCCCCCGUCCUUAUCUUUGGUAUUUUAAUUUCCCUUUAUACACUUUUCUGCACUGUUUUUUCACAGCAUCCGAUGAAGUGAGCUUCAGCUGACCAAGCUUGUGCUAUCUGUCUCUAUAUGUCUCUCUAAUCUUAUACAUUUAUGUGUAUCUAUUUUGGCUAGACUAUAAGGUGCAAAUCUACUCUGCUGUCACCUUGACUUUGGACUCUGCUUAAGGAAGGGCAAGAGGCAGCUGCCCUCCCCGCCUCCCCCACCUGGGUUAGGAGGAAUCGUUCCCACAUGGGCAUGAGGGGUUGAAACACACCUGCCCAUGCUGACAUUUUUAAACCUGUUAAUCUGAAAAGGAGGGAGCAACAUGAGAAGGGUUUUUUUUAUCUAAAAUUUCUUUAGCAGAGGUGAAAAUACUGUCCUGGGGGUGGAGUUGCCCACCCUCUAUGCACUGGCAAUGGUUUGUUCCAGAGGGGCAGUUGUGGCAGUUGUCCCAGCACCCCCUCCACUUGCCCCCUCAGCCUGGAGGGGGGGGGGGCAGCGGCGGCGGCAGGGGAUUGGGGCUGCACAGCCCUGGUCUGAGGACUCGACCCCUCCAUCCAUGGCAGGGGUGGGCAGAGCUGGGGCGGUUUGUCCUGUCACCAUCGGGGCAGACCCCAGGGGGGAAGGGAAAGGCUCCCUCCCUCAGCCCCGCGCAGCCCUGCCCGGGCACAGAGGGCUUGACUGCCCCACGUAGAUGUGAGCUCUUCUCCCCACGCAGCUCAGCCCCGGGGGGAGGCAAGGGCUGCCCUUGGGCUGGGAAACCCACCGCAGUGCUCUGGUUCUGCCCCAGGCUGUGGGGUGGGGCAUUUGGAGGGGCCGUGGGGCAGGGGAUGGGGCAGAAACAGCUGUGAUUAGAGGAGGGGCAGUUUCUGGCCAGCAAUAUCUCCCCUCAGCCUGGCCCACUCGCAGUCAGGGUGACUCCGGGUGCCCACUCCUGGCUACCCCUUUCCCUCCUGCCGACAGAGGUGGCACCUUCUCUUUGUGCUGGAAAACAAAGCUGAGUAAUAUUGUCUUCAUCUAUAUGGGGUUUUCAGCAAAAGAAAUGUUUUUAGAGGUUAUUUAGGAUUUUUUUGGUGAUCAAAAUCCAAGCUGUCUUUUACUAGUUUUCAGUGUAAUGAUGGUUCUUCAACUUAGUUUUCAGUGAACUAUUUCCUCUGUGCUGAAGAGGAUCUCAUUUCUCAGAGACAGACCAAAAUUAAAUCUCUUUCAGUUGAAGCCACUUCCAACCUUUUGGGUUCCGGUUUUCUGGAAAGUACUUUUUUUUAUGGAAGAUCUUGAAAGCCAAGGAAAAGGUGGGAGGAGGGUGAGAUUGCCCCAGGCAUUUUCCUGGAGUUCAGGAUUUCUGUCAGAAAAUGUUCAGAGGAAAUGUAUUGAAAAUUAAAAGGCAGCUUUCACGUUCUCAAUCAA